AUGGGCUCUGCUUCCACCAUGGCAGACGCGCUCGAGGGCCAUGAUCAAGAACAGAUUGCGUUGAUGGAGGAGAGGCUGAUACUCUUGGACGAGGAUGACAAUGCGAUCGGAGAAGAAAGCAAGAAAACUUGCACGUCGUUUCUGUCAUUUGAUGGCGAACAUCCUGCCGCCGCGAAGAGGGCCGCCGAAAAGAUCACCUUCCCGAGUCUUUGGACCAAUACCUGCUGCAGCCAUCCACUAGCAAGGGAAGACGAGAUGGAUCUCACAGACCAUAUCGGUGUUCGACGGGCAGCUCAAAGGAAAUUGAAUCAUGAACUUGGAAUUGAUCCCGCACAGAUACCAAUCUCAGAUUUCGUUUAUCUCACUCGAAUCCAUUACCUGGCUCCGAGCGAUGGACUGUGGGGAGAACAUGAAAUUGACUAUAUCCUCUUUUUAACUUGUGAUGUCGACUUGAAUGUCAAUCCGAACGAGUGCUCAGAGGUGACAUGGGUAUCACCAGCUGAGCUCAAGUCAAUGAUAGCCGAUCCAAAUAAUCACUUCACGCCGUGGUUCAAGCUGAUCGUUGAUCGGUUUUUGUUCCCCUGGUGGAACGAUCUCUUGGAUCGAUCGAAAGACCAGCGCGUCAAUGCUCACUUGAUCGCCGACGCUAAAGAUAAUGUCAUCCAUCGAAUGAAUUAA